AUGAAGUUAUUUGUGGUCAUUUUGCUCUGUCUGUGCUUCUGGAUGAGCUACAUUGAUGAGAGUUACGUGGGGCUGAUCGUCGGUGUUUUAGUGGCCGUCACCGUGGUCUUAAUAGUUAUCGUUUUCCUGAUAUGCUGGAAGCGUGAUAGAGUAAAAAGAACAUUCUUUAAAGAAGAUGUACACCUUGAGGGACCAUCGAUUUUAUCCGGAAACCAAGACGAAUGGACGCUCGAAUUCUACUUGGGCCCCAAGGGAAAUAACUUUGGAGGUAAAUUUUUAUCCCUGAAGAGUGUCGCCAGUUUUAACAGCUCGUACCUCGCGGUUCUCGAUGACAACGGUUUGCAUACAUUCUCACCCGACCUCACUGGCCUGGAUCACGUGACCAAGCUGAAAGCUACGCCCAAAAACUACGUCACCAUGGUAACCCACCCUGACGGUCGUUUUCUGCUUCUGGGCACCAAAAACGGAGACGUCACCAGCGUGAGUUUCAAACCUUUCAGUGAAAAGUUGUUGUGUUCGUUGUCGGAAGAAAAAACUGACACAGACGAGAAAUACGAAGACUCUGGUUCCAUUCAUGAAGUAGAAGGCCCGGCAACUCCUUCUAGAUUUUUCACCGGAAUUACAGAUAUCAUUACAAGCAAUCCUCACACUCCCAAGCAGACGACAACUACUGAUUCUGUCCCAGACACAGAACCUGCUACUAGUAGUGAGAGUGUCGCUUUAACCAUGGUAUCGCAUGAGCUCACUGACCUCGCUGUAGAUGCAAACGGCGACGUAUAUGCAGGAGACAACAGCAACCACACUGUCACCAUUUUCACCCCAGGCCAAAAGGGUUGCUCAAAGCGAUCCUUUGAGUUAAAGUUCCCCCCUAAAAUACUAGCUGGGGGUUCGGAGGGAGAGAUAUUUGCGCAUAGCGGUGACCACAGAAGCCCGAUAAAACGCAUAAGGGUCAAUGGUGAAAAAGAAGAAACGGUUUUUCUAGACGUAAAAAACUCACCUAUAAAUCCCGUCGAUGUUCUUGUAGACAAUUCGCAUGUGUUCAUCGUCAGUGAUACUAACGUCAACGGGCAGAUGGAGAUACUACAGUAUGACAACAAGGGCAAUUUCCUUCGGCCGUUUGUCAAACCCUGGCUGGGUAUUCAGGGGAUGUGCAUGUUCGCGUCUGGAGAGAGACUAGCGUUGUACGAUCACUCCAUCGUUAGGAUAUACAGGAAGCAGCUUGCUAAGAACCGCGUGGUAUACGCGACAGAGUUAGCGUGAUGGAAGAUGGUGAUAGACU